AUGCCUCCCAAGUUCGACCCCUCCGAGGUUAAGAUCAUCUACCUCCGUGCCGUCGGUGGUGAGGUCGGUGCCUCUUCGGCGCUUGCCCCCAAGAUCGGUCCUCUUGGUCUCUCGCCCAAGAAGGUCGGAGAGGACAUUGCCAAGGCGACUGGCGACUGGAAGGGUCUCCGUGUGACCGUCCAGCUCACCAUCCAGAACCGUCAGGCUGCCGUCUCGGUCGUUCCCUCGGCCUCGUCGCUUGUCAUCAAGGCGCUCAAGGAGCCCCCCCGUGACCGCAAGAAGGAGAAGAACAUUAUCCACUCGGGUAACAUUCCCCUUGACGAGAUCUACAACAUUGCCCGCAAGAUGGCCCACAAGUCGAUGGCCAAGGACCUCGCUGGCGGUGUUAAGGAGAUCCUCGGGACGGCUCAGUCGGUCGGCUGCACCGUCGACGGCCGCCCGCCCCACGACGUCAUCGAGGCUAUCGACGACGGCGAGAUCGUCGUUCCCGACGAGUAG